AGGAUUACAACAAGGUUCUGACGAGUGAAGACUGAAAUGAGAGUCUCUGUGAGAGGAUCGGAACUGGGCGAAAGAAAGCGAACGGCAACAAUUAUCGAUUUCCCCUCCCAGGGGGCGCAAGGGCGGCAUUUUUACAGACCACAGUGGCACACAGCACACAGCACACAGCAAGUCUUGGACGGUGACCUCCUCCCGCUCUUUCCCGGAUGAUGGAUCGAUGCAACCCCAGCGCCAGAAUGUCCGCCGAAAAUCGCAGGGACCGCCAUUUUUACACCUACCUGACCUUACUGCAUUGUUGUGCUCAUCACUAUGGACACUGAUUUCAACAUGGUUCAUGGUCCAUGGCCCAUCAACAUGGUGCGGUGCAGGUGCACGACAGCCGAACGGGAGAGGGAACGGGGCGGAAGACAGACAGACAGACCACUGCUGGAUGGAGCUUGGGGACGUUGCCGGUGCGGUGCGAAGCGGUACGGUGCAUCAUCCUCGUCGCCCAGUCGCUUACACCGGUUGUGGUCUUCCAAUGCUUCCAGAUGAUUCUCCAUUCUCAUGGGUUGGGGUUAACCUACAUUACACUACCCAAGGCUUGGAGGGGUCUGUUUCUGUUUCUGUCCGUCCCCCCGUAUCCGAUCGAGAUCAGGAUCAGAGCCCUUGCCAAAACGAACCGAGAGAAAGGAAAACCGUUGCUUAUCCACCGGCAGCCAGCGGGAGACUGAGAGUCGCGUUUCCAGUACUACCGAUUCGAGGCACUCGAGCGCCGCGGGAUGACUUUGAUUUUCGGACGUUUCUCAUCUUGUGCGUGGGACAACGGACGGUGGCCCGGAUGUCAGGUCAGAUCCCCCAAAUUCGGUGUCAGUCAGAGUACGGAGCACACAAACUGGUCCAGGAACCGGGCAUUGGCGCCUUAAUUAGCCAUGGCGCUGGGAUUGGCACCUUUGGGACGACCAAGCACAGUCAUCAAAUCAACCUCGAGUGAGACGUUGGACUGCCUGGUCAGACGGCACAUCGACCCCUACUCGUUCCUCGCUCCUAUGGCUACCUAGGUAGGUUCGCUCAAGAUGGCCUGGCCCUGUCAUUUUCAAGAACAAGCCC